UUUUAGCAAUCAGUACAGGGCAUGCAUGUUUGUUUUAUUAUAGUACGCAACAACAAAAUACGAAAGUGUUAAUUUAACAUUAUUAUUGUAUAUUAUUAUGUUGACAUUUAGGACAUUGACUUUUAGAAUAUAUACGUCAGUUUAAUUAUACGAAAACCACGUCCCGUUGAUCGAUUUGGGUUUUCUAAUCGCUAUAACUACGGUCGUCGUGACUCGUGAACUCGAUCUGACAGCUGCACGACCGGGUACGGGUGGGUGAUCCAUCAUGGUACGAUCAUGCAGCUCGUCCAGCGACACGUCGUCGGCCAAGUAUGAGUUCUCCGAUUCGGAUUCCGAUCACAAGCGGCGUGGCAGAAGUAGCCGUCCCCGCCGUUUGCCGACCAGCAACAGCAAGAACGCUGUGGCUGCCCGUAUAAACCGCAUGAAACAGAAACAGUACGUCAAGGACCUGGAGCAAAAGAUGUCGCAGCUUAAACGCGAGAUCAAGGGUGUGAAACGGGAGCUGAAAGAACGUGAAGAGAAGUGGGCGAGCAGCCGCCGACAGGUAGCCUAUUUGCGCGGCAUGAUUGCCAACAGCCAUCAGAUCGGCGGUCUGUUGCGCAACAUACGCUGGAGGAAUAUCAUCCCACAAGGUAGUAAUAUUGACAAGACUCUAAAUGAGUUAAACUCUGAUGCGAGUAUUGACCACUUUCCUAUUACCACGAGCCAUAGUCUGUUUGAUGGUUAUUUUGAUUUGUUAGAGGAAAGAGACAGCAACCACCCCCACAUGGUGCCUCCUCCAGUUGCACCUCAAGAAGAUGAGGGCUGGGCACUGUUAGAUGGUAUCAACCCUACAACGACUGAGCUAUUCCAAGAAACCGUCCCAUCUAAGUAUGUGUCAGUGUGCACGUUGUUACCGUAGAAAGACGGUUGUGCGCCUGCAUAUUCGUGGUGUAAAUGAUCUUAUUAAUUAAAAGAAGCUGUGAUCUCACAUGUACAAUAUUACAUGCCAAACCUUCAAAUUAGGCAUAAGGUAAGAAGUGUUUUUGAUUUUGAUUAAUUAUGAACUUUAAAUUACUUAACAAGCAUUUAGCGUGACCAAUUUUCUUAUUAAAGACAAUGGAAAAUUAGUUAGUUUUAAAAAAUACUAUGAGACAUUAUUUAACUGAACAUAAGUUAUUAAUUUAUAAAUUUAUUGUAUUUUUCCAUUGUCUUUAAUAUUUUAUUUUUAUUAUUAUUAUUAUAAACAUUAAGUGUUAUAUUUACAAAUAAAUAUCAAAUUAUUUUGUAUUAAA